AUGUACUCUUCCCUUUUUACCAUAGUUUCUUUGCUUCUGUUCUUCUCCUUCUUUUUCAUUCUACUUAGUAAAAAUAAAAAACAAACAAGGUUGCCUCCAGGUCCAUGGAGACUUCCUUUUAUUGGAAGUUUACAUCACUUGAUUGGAAGAGGACAUUUGCAUCCUAAUCUUAGAAAUUUAGCACAAAGGUAUGGUCCUCUCAUGUACUUACAACUUGGGGAAAUUCCUGUUGUGAUCAUAUCAUCAUCUACUAUUGCAAAAGAGCUUCUAACAACUCACGAUCUCGCCUUUGCUGAUAGGCCACAAUCUACGUCCACAACCAUCAUAUUUUACAAUAAUAAAGACAUUGUAUUUAGUCCAUAUGAUAAUUACUGCAAACAAAUGCGUAAAAUUUGUAAGGUACAACUUUUUAGUGCAAAGAUGGUCAAGUCCUUUAGUACGAUUCGAAAAGAUGAGAUUUCAAGUCUCAUUUCAUCGAUUCGUUCUACGAGGGAUUCUCCGAUUAACAUGACAGAAAAAAUCUUUUGGUUUACCAAUUCUGUCACUUGUAGUGCAGCAUUUGGGAAAAUGUUCAAAGAUCGAGAUGAGUUUAUAAAAUUAUUGAAGGAUAUAUUGAUAUUAGCAUCAGGAUUUUGUGUGACUGAUUUGUUUCCUUCUUGGAAAUUACUUCACAAACUGAGUGGUGCGGAAUCUAGAUUGAUGAAUGCCCAUAAAAAGGUCGAUGAAAUUAUGGAAGACAUCUUAAAGGAGCAUCUUGAAAAUAAAGCAAAUAGAAAUAAGGGAAUUGGUGAUCAAUUUGGAGGUGAAGAUCUGGUUGAUGUUUUACUUAAGGUUAUGGAGGACGCUGAACUUGAAUGUCCAAUCACAAAUGACCACAUUAAAGCUGUGAUUCUUGAUAUUUUUAUUGCUGGAAGUGAAACUUCAUCUACAAUUACCAUUUGGGUAUUAUCAGAAAUGAUGAAAAAUUCAACUAUUAUGGCCAAGGCCCAAAAGGAAGUGAGACAAGUCUUAAGGGGAAAGAAAAAUUAUGAUAAUGAAGAAGAUUUGGAAAAAUUGACGUACCUAAAAUUAGUGAUUAAGGAGACAUUAAGGUUACAUACACCAGCUCCUCUUCUAGGACCUAGAGAAUGUAGGGAGCAAACAAAUAUAGAUGGAUAUACCAUACCUCUUAAAACUAAGAUAUUGGUCAAUGCGUGGGCACUUGCGAGAGAUCCUGAAAGUUGGCAUGAUCCUGAAUGUUUUAUACCAGAGAGAUUUGAGAACUCUUCAAUUGACUUUUUGGGAAAUCAUUUUGAGUUUAUUCCAUUUGGUGCCGGAAGAAGAAUGUGUCCAGGAGUGCUAUUUGGUUUAACUAAUGUUGAACUUUCUCUGGCUCAAUUACUCUAUCAUUUUGAAUGGGAACUACCAUAUGGAAUGAAGCCAAAAGAUUUGGAUAUGACGGAAACAUAUGGAUUAAGUGGAGGAAAACAAAGAGAUUUGUAUUUAGUUGCCAGAUAACUUGUUCCUUAAUUUAUUAUGAUUCAUGUAAUA